UAGUUUGUUUGGGUGAGUUGCUUGAAGUACCUUUAAAUAAAUAAAGCUUAAUAUAAAAAGACUUACGAAGCAAGCGCCCCCGACAAGUUACCACGUGCGGAGAAACAAUGAAACUGCUUCUGAUAGGAGUUCUGGCGGUUUGCCUUGGACAGCUCCAAGCUGGUCCAGUAGCACUCCCAUCAUCCGGCGUCCCAUCGUCCGACUCUCGCGCUCAGUUCUUCUCCGAGUUCAAUAACCUGCUCAACGGAAUCGCCAAGGAGGCGCUGGUAAACCUUGCCUCAUUGCAGCAAAACGCUGACAAGCAGUUCCGAUCGGUCGAAGAUGCCAUCCAAGAUCUGGAGCAGCUGUACAACGAGAAGGUGCUGAAGGAAAUCGAAAGCUACGAUGGAGCGCUGGACGAGCUCAAGUCCAAAGUGUCACCCUGCUUCGCGGAAGUUCCUCAAGAAAUCCGGGACAUUGUGCAGAACGCUCGGGGUAAGGCGGGCCAGUGUGCCAAGGAAACGUUGGACCGUGUGCGCUUGAUCGAGCAGAAGAUUGGAAAGCACAUAGAGGCGGGUGCGGAGAAGGUGAGACAGAUCAUAGCGAUCGGCCAGAAGUGUCUGUCGGACAACUCUUGGAUUGUGGAUCAGAUCAACUGUGCGCUGCAGAACGCCCCCGUUGCGGUUAGCAUUGUGGAAGAAAUUGUUCGAGAUGCAGCAGUUCUUAUUGGACAAACGUCACGAGAGGUGGCCGCAUUGGCCAAAGACACCGAGCAAUGUCUUUCGGUGGCGGUUCAGGAUGCAGCAACCGAAUUUAACGACAUGCUAGUGAAGGUCGUAGGAUGUUUGGGUGAAACCGAAAACAGCGCCGUCGAUGCACUUCCGGAAUCCGGAAACUAAACCUGUAUAAUGUAAAGCAGUAGUACCACUAGCCCUCAAAGACCAAAGUUGAUCAGUGAAACAUUUGAUGCCACAUGUAGUUAAUACAUCGCCGAGAGAGUGAGAUGCUAAAACAA